UGCGAGAUCAUGUGACUCCACCAUAUUUUUUUCCUCCUGAACAUAAACAUGGCGACGGCCGGGGUCUCGGCGGCGCUCUGUGUUCUCUUCUUGUGUUUGAGCUUGCAGCCCAGUCGGGGUCUGUUCAAUAGCGGCACGGACGGCUACCGGCGGAAGGUCUCCCUCGAGUUGAACCCAGGUCUGAACAGCAGCCCUGCGGCGCCCCCUGGCGUAAAUGUGCUGCAUGUGCGUGCUGUCGGGCCCAGCGACACCUUGCAUUUCAUCUGGGGCAGCCAGGGGGCGCCCACGCUGCUCCUGAUCCACACCAACUCCUCCAACUCCAGCCUGCACAUCGACUGGCAGCGUAUGCUCUCCAGCAAUUCCACCGGCAGCUUGUGGGUGGAGCCAGAGACCAGUGUGCAGUACUCCAGUGCCCUUGUCUUCACCAGGAUCUGGGAGUACAGCGAUGACAACGACACGGCCGACCCCUCCCGGGUCCCCUCCUCCAGUUUCUUCCCCGCCUACGACCUGGCCGACUUCGCCUGGGACGACCUCAACCGCACCCUGAACCUCGCCACCCUCCGCGGCCAGCUCUGCGGCCGCAACUCCUCCGACCCAGCGGGCGCCUUCGCCAACGGCUCCGUCUGCCUGGAGAUCUCUGCGUUUGAGGCCUGGGGGCGGGAUGCGGCCUGGCCCCGCCUCCUGCACAGCGCCAACUCCUCCCAGCUGCGGCUGGUGGUCUCCAACGUCACCGAGAGGGCCAACCAGUCCCGCUUCGCCUUGGAGAUGGUCGCCGUCACGGGCCGAGGCCGCCAGAGCCGAGUGGACACGCUGCGCUCCAUCGACGACGAGAACACCCCUUCCAUCUUCCAGGUGUCUCAGUGGGUGACCAUGCCGGCCAACGCCAGAGCUCCGGUUCUGAGCUUCGCCCAGUGGAAGCCGGUCGCGUAUCGCUCCCGGGCCCCAGUUUUCGAGGACGCCACGCCCGUCCGUCAUUCCGCCCUGCUUGACCUCCCCAUCCCCCCUGAUUCGGGGCUGGUGCGGGCGUUUUUUGGGGAUCAGCCCAGCCCGGGGUACCAGGCCGUCGCUCUCAAUGUGUCCUUCGGCAUCACGGGGGACCCCUUCUACAACGCCACCCGCUACCUGAGCUGGACGGUGCUGUUGGGUCUGGGCUCCCCUCCGCAGGACUCCUUCUCUGUCCUCGUCCAGGUCAUCAUGGCGGUGGCUCUGGGCAUGCCGCUGCUGUUGCUGCUGUUGGGCGGGCUCUACGUGUGCCUGGGCCACAGGAACCAGGCUCCAGGUUACGCGCCAAUCAACUGAGACCACACCCUCUCCCCUUCCUCCCUGUACGGACACUGAACCAAUCAGCUGAGGCCACACUGACAAUCGCCCAAUCACCCGAACACGCACUGGCUGCUUGUUAGCUGAAACCCCUCCCACAGACUAUGCACAGCAGGUGGGCGGACACACCCACAACAUGGGAGUGCACCAAUCAGCCGAGGCUCCUCCUACAACUGGUGCCAUAAAGACCACCCCCUUUUAUUCUGAUUGUCCAAUCAGCACAUGUAAUCGCUGCCGAUGAAGCUUCUUUGGUUUUGUAGUACUAAUUCCAGCAGAUGAUGGAUUAUAGUUCCCCGUUUGAAAGUGAUUGAGCUGUGAUUGCUGACAUUUAGAAAACUGUUACAAAAAAUGUUUUUUUGCCUUUCUCAAUGUUGAAUUAUAUGGAAUAUAAGGGGAACCUGGCUCCAGCUCAUCUUAGAGGGUGGAAUAUAUUUUACAAGUGCACGUUCUGGGCUAGCCGGAGCGGUUUCGGUGCAAGGUGAAGGUGCGACAGGCUGUACUGUAAAUCUCGCUAACGGUGUCGGCAGUUACACGCUUGUGUCCGCACGCCGAGGGGGGCGCAGGGGAGCUCGAGCGCAGGGGGGAUCGUGGAGAGGGCGGGUAGUGAGGGAGCGGCACCGACCCGGUCCAGAGAGGGAGGCAGGCCUGUCCGUUUCCCAGCAUGCUCGGGGCGUCGCUCGUCUCAACGGUGACAAAGUGGAGCUGCUGUUCAGUCAGAGGUGUGCACUCCGAUGCGUGUUUGACUCAGAACUUUCCCGCGGUGACCUUUUCCGUGUGCGGUUUGCAUGAUUUAGCUUUGUCUUCAGUGCGGGAGAUUUGUGUUUAGAGUCAGGCAGGGUGACCCCUGGUGUCUGGCCCUAGGUGCGAGAGCUCUGCCUCAGACUCUGCGUCCCAGAGUUCUCCCUGGCCAGCGCCCUUUAAUUGCUUAAUGGGUGGACCUGAUUGAUGGGUGAAGUCGGUGUCCGGGCCUGAAAGCGCUCAGUGGCUCCUGUGUCCUGCGUCAUGUCCACUAUUCGACAGGGGGCGACACAGGCCUUUGUCACAGAGAAAUUUGGUCUCUCUGUGCGGCAGGACUGUUCUACCUUGCCCUUGUCCACUUCGCUGCUGUCUGCUCGGAGCCGAGCACAAGGGGAUCACUGUCACAGAUUCGCCUGCACCUUACUGCUCUCGCCUCGACAGUUCCCGGUUCUUGUUUUUAUCGACCACCUUCUAUGUGGGACUUGUAAAUUAUUAUUUUUUUUUUAAAGAAAAACAAGGAAUAUUUUCAAUAAAAAAUUUAAAUUCCUUUCUGAA